CUCAUCUCUCCAGCACUCUUCUUCAUGUUAAACAAGGAACUUUGUUGACUAAUUCAGAAUGUUGUGUGGAGCAUGAAGAACAUUUCUAAAAUGAGACAAAAGAACUCAAAUGAACAAGAACAUGGAAAGUUUACUUGUCCUGAAGAUUUAAAUGCUAAUCAAUCUGAAACUGAUGAAAUUACUACACUAAAACAAAAGAUUGAUCUUGCCACAAGAAAGCUAAACCAAGUGUUAUUGAACUAUGAGGGGCUUGAAAACAAAUCCCAGUCUCUGCAACAGAACUUCUUAGCUGUGACAGACAUCCAGGAGAAAUGCAAAAUGCCUAAAGACAGAGAGGAGAAGCUCAAACAGGAAUUAUUAAUCCUUGAAAGUCACAGAUCAAUGAAUAUGAUAGACCGCAGAGAGGCAGAAAUGUUAAAGCAAGAGAUUGAAGAAAAAUCCAGAGUGCAACUAGAGGAAAAUUUGGCAAAAAUCUCUGCAAUUUCACAGACAGCUGUUAAAGCUCACGAGCAAUUGGAGCAGAGGAAAGAGAAAGCUUUUACUUUGAAAAUAUUAGACAUGAAAAGCAGACUCAGAGACAUGGAAUCCAGCCUUUGUAGAGCCCAAGAUCAUGAAGAUAUUGAAAGAUUCAAGCUGGGCAUAUACCAGCAGUGCUACCAUGACAAGCUAAAUGUUACAGCAGCACUAUAUGAACAAAUAAACAUUGCUAACAAGAGGAAAGUGAAGCUGCAGGAAGACAUUGCCACAACAGUUGCAGAGGAAGAGCUACUUACACACUCACACACUGGGGCAGUGCACAACCCAAAGGAAACUAGUGUUUCAAGUCUUCAUCACCAGGAUGGAUCUGGAUUGAGUAGAAAUGUUACUCCAAGUCUGGGGACAUCACAUUGCCAGCAGAGAGGCAGAGCUUUCAGAAAGAAAGGUCAACGUAGGUUACCAAGUGCUAACAAGAGGAAAGUGAAGCUGCAGGAAGACAUUGCUACAAUAGUUGCAGAGGAAGAGCUACUUACACACUCACACACUGGCGCUGUGCACAUCCAAGAGGAAACUAGUGUUUCAGGUCUUCAUCACCAUGAUGGAUUUGGACUGAGUGGAAAUGUUACUCAAAGUUUGGGGAUAUCACGUCACCAGCAGAGAGGGAGAGCUUUCAGAAAGAAAGGUCAACGUAGGUCACCAAGUGCUAACAAGAGGAAAGUGAAGCUGCAGGAAGACAUUGCUACAAUAGUUGCAGAGGAAGAGCUACUUACACACUCACACACUGGGGCUGUGCACAUCCAAGAGGAAACUAGUGUUUCAGGUCCUCAUCACCAUGAUGGAUUUGGAAUGAGUGGAAAUGUUACUCCAAGUUUGGGGACAUCACAUUGCCAGCAGAGAGGGAGAGCUUUCAGAAAGAAAGGUCAACGUAGGUUACCAAGUGCUAACAAGAGGAAAGUGAAGCUGCAGGAAGACAUUGCUACAAUAGUUGCAGAGGAAGAGCUACUUACACACUCACACACUGGGGCUGUGCACAUCCGAGAGGAAACUAGUGUUUCAGGUCUUCUUCACCAUGACGGAUUUGGACUGAGUGGAAAUGUUACUCAAAGUUUGGGGAUAUCACGUCACCAGCAGAGAGGGAGAGCUUUCAGAAAGAAAGGUCAACGUAGGUCACCAAGUGCUAACAAGAGGAAAGUGAAGCUGCAGGAAGACAUUGCUACAAUAGUUGCAGAGGAAGAGCUGCUUACACACUCACACACUGGGGCUGUGCACAUCCAAGAGGAAACUAGUGUUUCAGGUCCUCAUCACCAUGAUGGAUUUGGAUUGAGUGGAAAUGUUACUCCAAGUUUGGGGACAUCACAUUGCCAGCAGAGAGGGAGAGCUUUCAGAAAGAAAGGUCAACAUAGGUUACCAAGUGCUAACAAGAGGAAAGUGAAGCUGCAGAGAGCUUUCAGAAAGACAGAAAGACCAACCUAGCUUUCCAAGAUUGGUCACAGUUUCCAUUGUCUCCAGAGC